AGGGCUUUCUUUCUUUUCUGGCGCCCUGUUCUUCGCUUGUCUUGCACUGCCAGCGAAGGCGCAACUAUUCAUGCUCUCCACCACCGCCAUUUUGGUUGCUCCACAGUGACCUAGAUCGUCGCAGGGGAAUGGGCGCGCCAGUCUUCGCCGCCGCGAUUUCGAUCGCCUUGCUCGCGGCCAGCGCCAGCGGCGAUUUCCUGGUAGGAUUGGGGAGCUACGAUGUCACAGGGCCGGCGGCGGAUGUAAAUAUGAUGGGCUACGCCGAUCCCUCGCAGAAUGCCGCUGGAAUCCAUCUCCGCCUCAGGGCGCGGAGCUUCAUCGUGGCGGAAUCCGGCGCGGAUGGGAGGCGAGUAGCGUUUGUGAACGUGGAUUCGUGCAUGGGAUCGCAAGCGAUCACGCUCAAAGUUCUUUCCAAGCUCAAGGACAGGUAUGGAGACACCUACAGUGAGAAGAAUGUGAUCAUCAGUGGCAUUCACACGCACUCUGGCCCUGGCGGCUACUUACAAUACGUUCUCUACAUUGUCACCUCCAUCGGGUUCGUCAAGCAAUCUUUCAACGCUCUCGUGGAUGGGAUUUUCAGCAGCAUUGUCCAGGCUCACGAGAAUUUGAGGCCUGGUUCCAUCUUACUCAAUGAAGGUGAGCUUUUGGAUGCAAAUAUUAAUCGUAGUCCCAGCGCGUAUCUCAACAAUCCCGUGGAAGAAAGGAAACGAUACAAGUAUAAUGUUGACAAGAACAUGGUGCUCCUCAAGUUUUUGGACAGCAAACGAGCUCCGAUCGGCGCUUUCAGCUGGUUUCCAGUCCAUUGUACGUCGAUGAAUCGGACCAACGAGCUUAUAAGUGGUGACAACAAAGGUGCCGCUGCGCAUUUCAUGGAAGCUUGGUUUGACAAACAGCUAGAACAAGAAGAUCCAACCAUUGAAAUGCUUGGAAAACCAGGUUGGACGAUGAAUGCUAGUGUUACCAUUCGCAACAGGCGGAGGCUUGUUGGUGAUUCCAGCUCGCCUUUCAUCGCUGCGUUCUCUCAGAGCAACGAGGGAGACGUCUCUCCAAACACUCUGGGGGCCUUUUGCGCUGAUAGUACCGUGGCUUGUGAGUUCAACCAUAGCACCUGUGAUGGACGGAACGAGCAGUGCAUUGGUCGUGGUCCUGGAUACCCGGACCACUUUGCGAGCACUAAGAUCAUUGCUCAAAAACAGCUCCAGAAAGCAAUAGAGCUAUUCCGAAGCGCGAAAGAACAGGUGGUAGGACGAGUGAAUUACAAGCAAACUUUCGUCGAUUUCACUCGUCUUAAAGUAACUCUCACCGCUGCAAACGGAACGACGUCAACGGUCACGACUUGUCCGGCUGCUGUUGGUUUUAGCUUCGCAGCAGGCACGACUGACGGUCCUGGAGCUUUCGAUUUUACACAAGGCGAUACCAAGGGAAAUGCGUUUUGGCGAAUAGUUCGAGCGGCGCUGAAAACGCCAAACAAAGCACAGGUCGAUUGUCAGUAUCCAAAGCCAAUUUUGAUCGACACGGGCGAGAUGACAUUUCCAUAUGACUGGGCUCCUUCAGUUCUUCCGAUCCAAAUCUCGCAGAUCGGCCAACUUAUCAUCCUCUCGGUGCCUGCAGAGUUUAGUACCAUGGCAGGACGACGAUUGAGAGAUGCCGUCAAAGAAACUCUCAUCGCUAAAGGCCGUGGCCAAUUUGGUCCGAAAACUCGCGUCGUCAUCGCUGGCCUCUCCAACGAUUACUCUCAGUACGUGACCACUUUCGAGGAGUAUCAAAUCCAGCGUUACGAGGGUGCCUCGACGCUGUUUGGUCCUCACACUCUGAGCGGAUAUCUCCAAGAAUUCCGGAAGCUCGCGAUCGCUCUAGCCGAGAACAGUAACGUCGACUCCGGGCCAUCUCCGCCGGACCUUCUUGACAAGCAGCUAGAGCUUCUCCCACCCGUGGUGAUGGAUACGACUCCAGUCGGUGUCGACUUUGGCGAUGCCAAGAACAACGUAAAGAGAGGCGCGAGUUACCGACCUGGGGACGUUGUGGAGGUGGUCUUCUGGACGGGCUGCCCAAGGAACGAUUUGCUCACGGAGAAAAGCUUUAGCUCCGUGGAGAUCGAGCAAAGCGAUGGCUCCUGGCGAUCGCUCUACGAUGACAAUGACUGGAGCGUGAGAUUCCUGUGGAGGAGGCCGUCGUCGCUGAGCUCCAGGAGCUACGCAACGAUUAGAUGGGAGAUACCCCAGGAAGUAAAGGCAGGGACUUACCGGAUCUCGCAUUUUGGAGCGAGCAAGAGCUUGUUUGGAAGCGUGAGGCCUUUCUCUGGAAGCUCCAACUCUUUCCAAGUGAAAUUGUAAGCCGAGAACCCUAAAAUUUCGCGAAGAGCCCUAAACUUUGGCAAA